AAGUUGAGGGAGCCACCCAUGUCAGUAGGUGACGUUUGACAAGGCAAAGAUGGCUAGCCACCUUGGCCAUGCACGCUCCCCAGAUACCUGAUCUUAGUAGCGGAGGUACGAGUACCCCGUGCAUUUCUGUGUAAUUCAUCAGCGAAAUGCCCAGGAUGAGACUAAUGAUAGCCGGGUCCAGCCCAGCCCGCCUACCCCGGACAAGUAAAGUAACUUGGGUUUGCCUAGCUACACUAGGGGUACUUGCCGUACCGCUGAUCUUUUCCUUAGUUCCCGAUCAGCCACCCUCUACCCCCCUUCCCCCAGAGAGCGAGUUCGAGGUCGAGUUCCGUGACCCCGUCGGACUGGCCUUGACCCGUCAUCCUAAGCACUGUACCUAUCCUGUCCGUCCCAGAUCAGACAGACAGACAGACAGACAGACGUCGACUCCCCAGGCAUCCCCGUCCAUCACCUCAGGUUCAGGUCUUGGGUCCCACGAGAAAGGGUGCACCCGCAUGCCCACAACGCAACGCAACGCAACGCAACGCAAAGCGACGCAACGCAACGCAACGUACCGCACCGCACAGUACCCAGCUGCCGUACCUCUCGUACCUCAGUCAGUUCGGUGCUCGUGCUCGUCCUCCAAGCGUGCAACCGCCUUUCCUUCCCUCGUGCACACUAUCUCGAUCCUCAACCCGAACCCGAACCGUACGGCCUUGGGCUUCGUCACUGGGCUGAGACGCUGGUAACCCUCUCGAGUUGGCCUGCAAAACAAUGACUGGCUGCCUGGGCGCCCUUGCUGUUCCCCUGGCUCGAGUCUAGCUCCUCCAUGGCACUAGGAGGGAGGCUGCCUCGCAAGUGUCUUAGG